AUGUCCGUAAAAUCAAUUAUCACUAAAAUUCCAACGAUUCAAAAAGAAUUUAAUAUUUUUACUUCAUAUAUCAAGAAUCCACCUGAUGCUACCGUUGAAAAUACCCAGUCAUCCAUUAAGGUUGGCGCAAUAAAGGAUAAUAUUGCAACUAAAGAUUUUCCCACAACAUGCGCAUCUGAUAUACUUAAGAAUUACUCUUCUCCAUUUGAUUCUACUGUUGUAUCAUUAUUGAAAAAGAGUGGUGCUCUAAUAAUAGGGAAGACGAAUCUCGAUGAAUUUGGAAUGGGUUCACUUGGGUUACACACCACUUUCGGCCCAACAAAGAAUCCAUUGAAUAAAGAUUGGUGUGUUGGGGGAUCAUCUUCGGGGUCUGCUGCCGCAGUAGCCUCUGGUAUAGCAGAUUUUUCUCUAGGAACAGAUACAGGUGGUUCUGUAAGGUUACCAGCUGCUUAUUCAGCAAUAUAUGGGUUUAAACCAUCGUAUGGUAGAAUAUCUAGAUGGGGUGUUGUUGCAUUCGCUCAAUCAUUAGAUACUGUUGGCAUAUUUGCAAACAAUAUUGAUACCGUUUCUAAGAUCUUCCACAUCAUAGAUCAACACGAUCCUCGAGACCCAACGUCUCUGAGUAUAGACUUGAGAAAAUCACUAAUAGAUCAGAACAAAAAAAAUGAAGAGAGAUCAAAACCUAAAAUAGGUAUUCCAAAAGAGUUUGUCCAAUCUGAGCUGGCACCAGAAAUCAAAGAAUCAUUUAUGACGUAUAUUCAAACUCUAUUGACGAAAGAUUACGAAAUAUAUCCAAUAUCACUACCAUCAAUCAAAGAUUCCUUAUCAGUAUAUUACACUUUAGCACCUGCUGAAGCGGCGUCAAAUCUUUCAAGAUAUGAUGGGAUAAGGUAUGGUAAGGGGAACAGUACAACCCCAGAUAUAGUAAAUGCUAAUUUCUACAAUGAAUCUAGAUCAAAUUUUGGUCAAGAGGUUAAAAAUAGAAUUAUAUUAGGUAACUACAAUUUAUGUUCAGAUGGAUACAGGAAUAAUUUUAUAAAAGCACAACAGCUGAGAGUUCAAAUAAUUAAUCAGUUUGACAAAAUAUUUAGGUUCAAAAACGUUUUAACAAAGAAUGAACCUGAACAUGAUAUAGACAUAAUUCUUUGCCCGACAAAUUUAAAUCCACCUCCCCCAAUAAAUUAUAUGGUACAGACUCCCAAGAGUAAUCCAUUACAGGAAUACAUGAAUGAUAUUUUUACUAUACCCAUGUCCUUGGCAGGGCUACCAGCUAUAUCUGUUCCCUUUUCAAAAGGGAAACCAUACGGUGUCCAGAUUUCAACCCAAUAUGGUAACGAUGAAGCUUUAAUGAAAUUUGUCAAAGAAACUGUUUUCUAA